AUGUUCGCCAAUCCAUAUAUGCAGCCCGAGGCCAUGGCAGCUCUUCACAAUCCAGUCAUGUUUCAGCCUUUCCAGCACCAGCAGCAUCAGUCUCCUGCUCCCUUCCAAGCGGUUCAACAGGAGCCCGCGGCUCAUGGAGAGUAUGCGCAUUACCCCCAGAACAUCGUGCUCUCUCAGAGCACUGACGAGGCUCUGGACGCCGCUUUCGCUGCGUACGAUCAAGACUUUGAGCACGAGAUGCAUCAGUGGAUGAGUUCUCAUGGACCCAAAGACGCGCCCGAUAUGGAUGAUGUGCAGGCUACCAUGGUGGCUAUUGCCGAUGAACAGGACGUCAACCGCAUGCGCCAAGAGCGCAAGGAGCGUCAGGAGAGCGCGCGUGCCCCAGUCCCCGUCGACGACGGCGCCACAACCGAGUUCCGCAAGGCAGCGAUGGACAUCCUCGACACCGUCGGCAAGAACCAGGGCGAGAAGUUCAAGAACUCGUCCUUCUUGGAGCUGAUGCGUCGCAUUUGCGACAAGGAGGUGGUUCUCCAGGGCGAAGACCUCGUCGAUGUCAAGACCGGCGCUGUUCUCGGCAACAGCCCCGAGGACGUACCCGAGAAAGCUACGACCCAGCCUGCCGCUGAGAUCAACGGGACGGGCAGCGACGUCGCGCAGCAUUGA